AUGAUUUGUGCGCCGUCUGAGCUUCGCUGUGGCAAGGUAGAGCGUGAAUUUGAGGCGAGACGGCUCGCAGAUGCAUGCUUCAAUGAAGUCAAGCCCUCGGUCGUGAUUAUUGGAAGAGCACGCACACCACCUUUGAUCGUCACCCCGAUUCCAAAAAUUUUGUCUGCGGACGAGGCGCUCACACGGGUGGUAUUGCAAACCUACAAUCGUCUAUUACAAAUAACACUCCAUUCUUUUUGCGUUGUUGACUCGGCAAACAUGAACAUCGCCAAGAAUGCCGCUGAUCAAUUGGCCUCGUCGUCGCAAUUACUCAAAUAG